UAAUUAAAUAAUUCAUUUCCUCAUUUAACUUUAGGAUUAAACACUUCAUUUCCAUCGUUUAAUUUUCUAACUAAAUAAUUCUCUCUAAUUAUCGUCGAGUCAUCGUCAUCUCUCGACGUCUGCCAUCACUGUCACACGUACACACACGAAUGUGACAUAUAAACACUGAACAGCUGAUUGUCAUCGGUCCUGCUCCAAAACACAAUGCAACAAGUACAAGUUUGUCACAAAAUUCAGUUCAAAGAAGAGUUUUUUUUAAUUGAAAAGGGGCAGAACACGUGUUCCGCUGAAACAAUGUCUGUUAUCUUGACGGUGACGUAACAUAUGGGCGAGAUAUAGUGUACUGGUAACCUGCGAGACUCCAAACAAAGCGAAUAACUCGGCGCAUAUCGCGGGAUGCGAUCUGCAUUGUUCAUAUCUGAGAGAGUAAAUUAAUGCAAACUUUUUUGCAUUAAUUAAUUAAAUUAAUUUGUGUGAGUGAGUGGUGAAAAAGCGCGGAGAAGUGAAGAGUUUUUCGAAGGGUUUUUCGAAAUCAUCAACAAUGGAAAGUGAAGGCGGCAUUGACAUACUCUCGGGAUGGCGACGUUACAGCUUUAUUGAAAUACCGGUUUUUUUAUGCGUUUGUGCGGGCGGAAUGACAGCGACAGUAUUCUCUGAUCUGAUCCUCUAUCAAACGUGUCGUUUGACCCUGGGUGAAUCCCACGACGACACCUGCGACUUACUGCACACUAACAGCAGCAGUCAAGCUGCGAUGGACCUGGAGAAAUUGAUUCAACCCCGAGCGAGUUACAUUCUCCUCAGUAAAUCCCUCAUUGAGGGAAUUCUCCCGGCGUUUCUGUCCCUGUUCCUGGGGCCCUGGAGCGAUAAAUACGGGAGGAAGCCUAUUUUAAUCGCAGCGUUUACAGCCCCUUUUCUGACAUUCAUCAUCCUCGCCAUAUUAACCAUUUGGAAUCUGAACCCGUGGGCUUACCUGAUCGCCUCGAUUCCUCGUGCCUUGCUGGGGGGAUUGUGUCUCAUGAUGCUGUCGACAUUCUGCUACAUCUCUGACAUCACGAAUAGUGAGAACAGGGCCUGGCGUUUGGCGUGCUUCGAAAAUUUUCUGGUUGGGGGGCUCGUUGUUGGGACCCUCGUAGGUCCCCUCGUCUUCGAAAAGUACGGGUACACUACGUUAUUCAUCACUGCAGCUUCAAUAUCUGGUGUUGCCUUGCUUGAUAUCGUACUUUUGAUCCCUGAAAGUGUUAAAAGCCCAUUUACACAUGAAAAAUGGACGAGUCUAUUUGAUUUCACCCUCGUCGAAGAAUUAUUUCGAACAGCAACGAAAAAAAGACCUGGAUUGGACCGUAUGACCCUCUGGACUUGCCUGCUAAUUCUAUCUCUCCACGUUGUCUCCAUAAGUGGAGAACAAAAUAUGGGAUAUUUAUUCGCCAGUGCCAGAUUGGGGUGGAAUGUGGUACAGUACUCAGGGCUCAUGGCCAUUGGGACUGUUCUUGUUAUUGCUGGCAAUUCUCUGGGAAUUAAAAUCUUCAGGUGGAUUGGUUUUUCAGAGCUAACUUUAGGAGUCAUUGGCACGCUGUCGUCGUUCGCUGGAUCAAUGGCAGUAGCAUUCACGUUCGAGCCAUGGCACAUGUACUCAGGGAGUGCGUUUGCAGUAUUCAGCGGCCUCCUGUCCCCUGCGAUGCGCUCGAUCCUGUCGAAAUCCGUGCCUCCAGCAGAUGUUGGGAAAGUCUUCUCAUUGGCAACUUCCAUAGGCUCCACUCUACCUCUGGCCACAAACUCUCUGUACACUCUGCUUUACUCGAACUACAUGCCACCGUACUAUCCUUCCCCUGUUUAUUUACUGUCUAGCUCCAUAUUUGCCUGCAUUCUUUUACUAAUUGUUGUUAUCGAUAGACAUCAAACGAGAGCUGUCAACGAUUCCGUUUAUAAUUCUCUUGUGGAGGAAGACUGAGGUUAAUUGCUCAAUUUGGAAAUAUUAGAAAACAAUUUGCCACUGCAAUAGCUAAGUAUUUUGAAUUAUUUAAGCAUAAUUCAUUUAAAUUUUUAUGAAAAAUUAGGCAAUGCUUAAAUUAUUGUUAUAUACAUUUAUGUAAAGAGGAAAGUAACGAGUUUUUUAGGGGAUUAACGAGAUAAUUAUGCGUUUAUCUCGAUGAUAAAUGAAUUUAGAAAAAAAUAACUCUGACAUUUUCUUCUAAAGCCACUCAUCAUCGAGAAAAUUUUGUGUUUAUUUAAUUGCUUAAUGCAAAAAAAAUCGAAAACAAUUUGCCACUGUGCAAAAGCUAAAUAUUUUAAAUUAUUUAAGCAUAAUUAAUUAAAUUUUUUAUGAAAAAUUAGGCAACGUCUAAAUUAUUGUUACAUGUAUUUAUGUAAAGAGAAAAGUCAUGAGUUCUUUAGGGAAUUGGUGGAACUAACAAAUUAAUUAUGCGUUUAUCUCGAUGAUAAAUGAAUUCAGAAGAAAAUGUCAGAGAUAUUUUCUUCUAAAGCCACUCAUUAUGGAGAUUAUUUCGUGUUUAGUUGAUUGCUCAAUGCAAAAAAAAUCGAAAGUAGUUUGCCGUUGUGCAAUAGCUAAAUAUUUUAAAUUACUUGAGAAUAAUUAAUUUAAAUCUUUAUGAAAAAUUAAGCAACGCUUAAAUUAUUGUUACACAUAUUUAUGUAAAGAGGAAAGUAACGAGUUCUUCAGGGAAUUGGUGGCACGUAACGAGUUAAUUAUGAAUGCAGAACAAACUGUCAGAGAUAUUUUCUUCUGAAUCCACUCAUUAUCGAGGGAAUUUCGUGUUGAGUAACGACUCAUUCGCUUGUGAUAAAAAUUUGUGAUCCGGGAAACAAAUUAGACAUUAAGGAAUUGAUUGACAUCUUUAUAAAUCCAAGUUUUCAACAUUUCUACAAUAAAAAUAAUGUUUUUUGGAAGUGAA